GCGCCUCACACCACCCGCAUCGCCGCCCGGGAGGGAGGGGAGGAAGGUUAGGGACGCGGAGACCGACCGCGCUCGCAGGACAGAGGCGCGGGCCAGGGCUCUAGCAGGGGCUGGGGCCGCGGCAGGGGUAGCAAGGUGAGUCGGUGCUUGCCAAGAGGCAGAGCGCAAAACCUACCAGGAGAUCGCGCCCGGUGAGCAGCACCCACAGCUCAGACCCCGGGACGUCCGGAGCGCGGGGAGUAGUCCCCGCUCCAGCCUGGAGCGGUCUAUUUGAGCAGCCUGGGACCCAGGCACCGCGCCAUCCCUGAGAAAGCAGCGGUCUGGAGAGCAGGCAUCUCAGAUCUGUAAGAAACCAGCCGUCUGAGAAGCCGCGGAUCUCAGGUGCCCAGGAUCGUUAGGACUGAACCGGAGGGUACUAGAGGACCACGGGCUCUGGACCGUCAGGAGCUGCCCCUGACGUAACCCACGAGGGGCCUCCCCUUGACGGACGGCUUGGGGAGCGCCACCGCCGCGGCGGGGACCCGUAGAGGCAGGGUAAGGGGAGUGGGGGGCAGCCGUCGGGGGAGUGCAGACCCAGGCCCAAGGCGGGUCACCGCCUCCUGGGCCCGCGGAGAGUCCCGGGCCCCGGCAGCCAUUGCGCCCAAGAGUGAAGAAGAUUUGCUGGCCCUGGCCGCGUCGCGGCUGAGCCGCCGCAAAAGGGUGGCGGGUGCGGCCGUCGGGGUGGCCAUGGUGCUGCUGCUGCUGGUGGCCAUCCCGCUGCUGGUGCACAGCUCCCGCGGUCCAGCGCACUACGAGAUGCUGGGUCGCUGCCGCAUGGUGUGCGACCCGCAUGGGCCCCGAGGCCCGGGCCCCGACGGCGCGCCUGCUUCCGUGCCCCCCUUCCCGCCGGGCGCCAAGGGAGAGGUGGGCCGGCGCGGGAAAGCAGGCCUGCGGGGGCCCCCGGGACCACCAGGUCCAAGAGGGCCCCCUGGAGAGCCCGGCAGGCCAGGCCCCCCGGGCCCUCCCGGCCCAGGUCCGGGCGGGGUGGCGCCUGCUGCAGGCUACGUGCCUCGCAUUGCUUUCUACGCGGGCCUGCGGCGGCCCCACGAGGGUUACGAGGUGCUGCGCUUCGACGACGUGGUGACCAACGUGGGCAACGCCUACGAGGCAGCCAGCGGCAAGUUUACUUGCCCCAUGCCAGGCGUCUACUUCUUCGCUUACCACGUGCUCAUGCGCGGCGGCGACGGCACCAGCAUGUGGGCUGACCUCAUGAAGAACGGACAGGUCCGGGCCAGCGCCAUUGCUCAGGACGCGGACCAGAACUACGACUACGCCAGCAACAGCGUCAUUCUGCACCUGGACGUGGGCGACGAGGUCUUCAUCAAGCUGGACGGCGGGAAGGUGCACGGCGGCAACACCAACAAGUACAGCACCUUCUCCGGCUUCAUCAUCUACCCCGACUGAGCCGGCCCCGCCCCGUGCCCCCGUUCGCGCCUUCUCUCCCGUCCUCACCCACCUCCAGCCCGCCCCACCCGAGGCACCACCCCACCCUUUGAGAGCCUGGUGGUGGGGUGGACCCUCCCGUUCCUGGAGGCGGCCUAAAUGGGCGAACUCUUGGUGCUCAAGGGUAUAAGUGGCCGGAAAGAGGAGGAGACCCGGCCGGAGGAGCAGAGCGACUUCCGGAGGGAUCACCCGCACCCAAGUGCGCGCUGGACCCCAGAGGGGCAGAGGUCGUGGCUCUCUCUUUUGUACAGAGAUGGGGAGCAGUUUUACUAGCGGGAUUCAGAGGCCCAGAAAGCCAGAGGGAAGCCCCGCAGCUUGCGAGGGCAAUAACAAAAACAGGAGGAGCCCAUUUAGGCAAGAGAAGACAUUAAGACAGGGUAGUGCAGGUUCUCCGUCACGGCAACUUUCGCCACCCUCUCCUCCCCUCAUCUCCACUUUCAGGCUCAGGCUCCAGCCUUGGCAGCCUUCCUGUGAACUGGAGGAACCAGUGAAUUCUUUCCUGGCAUUUAAAACGCAUUCUGUACAGUCUCCAUUCCCCCCUAUCCGGACUAGGCCCCAGGGCUACAGCUGCUGCUGCCUCAUCCAAUAAAGUGAGGUUGGGGGAUUGUGUGUGGCUGCUUAACUUGGUGCAUAGACUGGGGGGAGUGGUUGACCCUUUCCCUCAUUCCUCUAAAGGACUCCUACU